UAAACAAAAUCUCCGUAAAUAAUUUGCACUAUCGAAUUUGCACAUUUUAUUUUUAUUUUAUUAUUUAAAAUUAGAUUAUGAUAAUAGACAACCAUUAAAGAUUGGGCGGCAAUAACAGAUUGCUCAUCUCAUACAAAUAACCGCAAUAUGGUUCGAAGACAACGCGAACAAAGUACUAGUGAAGAUGAAAUAGUUAUUGAUACUACUCCCCAAAAGAAACACAAGCGGCACAAGCAUAAAAAGCACAAGAAGCGAAGACAUGACGAAUACGAUAGUGAUACGUCUAUCGACGUCUCUUACGAAGACGUUAUGGACAAACCAUACAAAAUUAAAACAAAAAAAGAGAUGCCAGGCACUUCUGCAGCAGAUAUGCUCAAAGCACAGAACAUUAAAACCUUGUCCGACACUCGCAAACCUUUACCGGGAUCGUCCUCCAGCACACCUCCUAAAGCCAGUUCUAAAAAGAAGAAAACCAAGGGUCGAGACAGUGGAACUUCAAGUGAAGAGGAACGAUGGUUAGAUGCCAUCAAAUCAGGAAAACUUGAAGAGGUUGAUGAGGAACUAAAAAAAAUAAAACCUAAAGAUCCCAAAAUGAUGACAGCAAGGCAGAGGGCCAUGUAUGAAAGGGGCACAGAUAAAGAGACCAGUCCAGGUGGAGAAGUACUACUUGCACUUCCUUCUGGAUAUAAAGAAAAAGUUAUGACAGCGGAAGCUCUUCAGAAGGCAGCUCUAAAAUCGCAAAAACGCAAACAGUUAGCCGAUGAAAAAAGGGAGAAAGACAAAAAGAAGACCAUGGACCGUCUUCUUAAAAAGCAGGAGUCCAAAAAUCUAAAGAAUAAUCAGAAAGGAAAGCCCCAGAAAAAACUAGAACCAAUGAUAGUGUAUAAAAAUAGUCAAAAUGAAAUAUCACUUUCACUGCCACCUGGUGUGGACUUCCCUAUACGGAGUCAGCCUCCCAGAGUUGCACCACCUCCUGCAAGGUGUGGUGUCCACGGAUGUAAAAAUAUAAAAAAAUACAAUUGUUCAAAGACUGGAAUUCCUUUAUGUGGCUUAGAAUGUUAUAAGAAAAACUUGCUGUGUGUUUAAUACCUGUUAAUAAAAAUAUCUUAAUUAAACUUAAUUAAACAUUAUUUAUCCCUCC